GUAAAUAUGAUUGCCCAUUUAAAAACCAUUAGAACUAAUCAGUUUCAUUUCACAAGCUCAGGCAGUAAAACUGAUGGCUCAUUGAUGGCUCACUGAUGGCUCACUGAUGGCUCAGCUAUCUCAUGAUGGCCCAUUAUCAGGUCUGCGCAGAGGCAGACACCCAUUGUAUAAUACUGCGAUCUGAUUGGCUGGUUUGAGACACUCAGGAGGUUUAUCUGGGAAGCAUUCUGCUAGAGAAAUCACUUUUCUUCAAAUGAUUCUACUGUGCUGAUCUGCUGAGAACACUUGGAUUCUAUCUACUCUGCUGAUCUGCUGAGACAAUCUGAAUUGGAUUUUGCUGAAAUGGAAGGACAAGCUGAGAAGCGCCAGAAAUCCAACCGUCGCAUCAUUCACUGCUUGCUGUGUGGGAAACCACAGGAGAUGCUGUCGACGCAUCUGAGCAGAGUGUGUAUGAAAAAGAACACACCCGAAGAACGGAUGGAGGAAACAAAUAGGGCAAAGGAGUCUGCCAAGGCGUGGACACGGCAAGCCAGGAACUGGGACUACAAGGAGAUGGUGAAACGUUACCCCCACAGACCAUCCAGACUGGCUCUUCUGAAAGAGCUUUGCCAAAGAGACUUUUUUGUGGCUAAUGCUCCUGAACAGGCAGACCUGGACUCAGAAGAGGCGUCCACCAGCACGGCGGGUGAACCUUCUGGAGCAGCCGGUGGCCACUCUGAAGCAGCCGGUGGCAGCUCUGAAGCAGCCGUUGUCAGCUCCCUGACACGCUCCUCUUCUGACGACUCUGGUGAAGAGGGCACCCAGGCAGUGAAGAGAAGGCGGGUGAAAGAAGAGGUUGGCAGCCCAGCCCCGGACUUAAAUGCUUUCCUGCAGGCAUUCCCUGUGGGAAUCACUGGCAAACCACCCAACAAGACCCAGAGAGAAAAAGCUGGGUUCCCCGCCGACAGAGUCUUUUAUGACAAGUGGAGGGCUCUGCAGUACAGCCUUCGGGAGCAACAUCUUUUGUCAAAAUUCUCAAGACGUACCCCAACUGCAGCGAUGGUGGCCAAAGUCAUAGAUGCAGAGGGCUGGACGGCCAAUCAUCCUCGUCCAGAGGACAUCAUGGCGAAGUGGAGGCCGCUCAGCAGAGCACAGGCGGAGAGUGACCCGGGCAUCAUCAAGGGGGUGACCAGGCAGAAAUGGUCGGGUCUGGCUGUGAAGGCCUUUGGGGAGCAGAAAGGCGUUGUUGCAACCAAGGCCUUCGGGAAGGGCUCCAUCCUGUGUGAUUUCCACGGAAAGGUGAUCACAGGUGCUGAGGGCAGGGAGAUGGCAGAGACGCAGGACCAGCUGGGCAACCUGUUUUUCUUCAAACAUGGCCCUGACGAAAUCUGCAUCGAUGCGGAGACUUUCCCCUGUGAGUGCCACCCGUCUCUGGAAACCAUCGGGAGAUGGAUUACACACUCAAAGAAGAAGUGCAACGUGCAGCCAUGCCACUGCAUAGUGAAGCUUCAGGGGGGAGACAGGCACGUCCUGCUCUUUCAGGCCACCACGGACAUUAAGAAAGAUGAUAAGAUCUGCUUCGACCACGGCAUCAAGAAGAGGACUUUUCGUGGGGAGAUAGAGGAGCUGGAGUGGCUGAACAUUUGAUUCUUUACAAUUUGUGUCACAUUUUAUGACACAAGACUAUGAACUAUCAAUGUUUUGUUUUUCAACUGUGAGCUCGCGAAUGAACUAUAGAUGUUUGGACAAAAUUGGGAGCUUGCGAAUGAACUAUAGAUGUUUGGACAAAAUUGGGAGCUUGCGUAUGGACUUGAUGUUCAUGUAAAAGGAGCCUCAAUAGCGUCUAAACAUUGUAGUUUCAUGUAAAAGGAGCCUCAGUGUGACCAAUGAAAUAAUUGACCUUGAUCUACGUCCUGGAGCUGGAGUGGUUGGAUCUCAGACUCUAUUUUUUCAGACUGUGAUUUUGCCGGACGUCUGCUUGCCUCUCACAGACCAUGUGUGACAAAUUUAAAUGGAGCCUCGUUGUGAACUGACAACCCAGACAGACUGUAUUCAGGAUUUUGAAGAGGGCACCACGCACUCUACCCGGGCAUCCCAGGACAGUGUCUCCUUCCAUCGUCGGCUCCUCAGAGCUCCUUGAGGGAUGCUGAGAGCGAGCCGGAACCUGAGAACAAUUUCCAUAAAGUUACGCAUCUCUUUAACCAUUCAUUCACAUAUUGCUCACCUUUUAUACUACUGCUGAAUCAGAUCAAAUGCAUUAAUAUUAUGAACAUCAGCUAUGCUAAUUAUUUCGCAUCUGCCUUUCUGCUGUUACGCUUGUCCCGAGAAAAUAGGGGUUCGUCAGGUCCAGCUUGUAUCCAGCGUGUCACGGAGACUUCAGAUGCCCCAACGCCUGUGAUUUGAUGACCAAACGCCCGUGAAGAGACGACUCGACCCCUGUGAAGAGGCGACUCAACAUCGUGGGAGCCUUACGGGAGUGUUCACGGGGCCUGCAUCUUCUUCCACACAUUCUCAGAUGCCCAGGAAGGGAUUUCUAAAAAUUAGAAUACAGUGAUCUCUAUUCAAAACAACUGAAUAAGCUCUAAUCCCUAACUGUAAAACUGUGUGACGUGUUUUUGAGCAUGUGAUGAGGCUGUGCAUUUAUAUAUAAUGGUGUCAAGUUUAUAAAAUGUGUAAACAACAUGCAGUGUACAUAUUCUUUUGGAGUGCUCUUUUAUAUUGUUAAUAAAAAAUAAUUUUCACAAACCUAUUGUUGCAUUAUGAUUGUUUGUUGAUUAUGCUGUAGCUUAUGGUUUUCGAUUUAAAUAAUCUCCUGUUAAAAAUCUUUUAUUAGUAUAAGUAUUGUCUGUGACCCU